AUGGCCUCGCAGAUCCCAGGCGACAUUAUCGUCAUCGAUGACUCGAGUGAUGCAGAUGCCCCCGGGCCUGGGCGGAAGCGCUCUCGUUCCGAGCAUGCCAAAAACGCAAAGUCCACUCCGUUUUCCGGCUCCUCGUCAAACCCCAAAAAGGCACGAGUGAGCACUGCUACAGGGCAGGUCUCAACCUCGCACGGCUCUGAAGAUGGGGAGAUUGACGAGUCCGAAGACCAGUCUCGUGGCAGCGAAGCCGCCAAGACCGACAAGAAUGAACCGGUAAAGCCGAAGCUGCCAAAGCUGCCGAAGCUGCCUGGACAAGAGUCUCGCCAGAGUCUCUCUGCCGCGGCAACAUCGGCCGACGCCACUCCAAGCGUCAUCAUGCCUCUUGAUCCUCCCAUGUGGUCCAAAGGCCCCCAUUCGUUCAAGCUGCCCGCCUUUUCCACCCAGAGAGAGGGCUCGUGGCUCGCGAGGUUCAACGACUGGGUUCACCUCUUCUACCACAACAACCUCCAUCACGGCAUCGCCGUCACGUCUUCUAUAGUCCUGGCGGGCUACACUUACUACCUAGACAAUGUCAGCGGCCUCAAGUCGGGCAAGCGCAAGAGCGGCAAAAAGGCAGCCCAUGCAGCCGACAAAUCCGGCGUGCUGGCCAAAAACCUCAAGAAGCUACGUGCCGCAGCUCCUCGUGCCCAGGCGGCCAGACCCAGUGCACCCCUGGCAAGCGGUGCAUCGCGGCGAACCAAGGGAGCGCCGAACCCCCCUCGGCCGAAGCAAGCGCUUGAGGACAGUGAGCCAAAGUGGGAAGCGGCGGAAAGCGGGCAACCGGACUUGAAUGGUGACGAGCAACCCCCAAAUGGCACCAGUGACGAGAAACUCGAGCUCACAAAUGGCGAGGGGGCAGACUGUUUCCUCUGCGGCUCGACAGACCCAGGGCAUGUGGAGGAUGAUUGCAGAGACCACUGGGCACAAGUCUACCCACCCGACGACAUGCUCAAAAAGGUUGUCGAUCUCCCAAUUACUUGCGCAAUCUGCGCUUCCCGGGAGCACUUCCUGUCUGAAUGCAGUGAGCGAGUGCACCCGCCAAACCCGACGUGGUCUUUGGCCAACCGCAGUCGGUUCAUCGACCCCGACUGCGGCGUCCUGUGCAUAGAAGACGCGAUGAAGCAAAGAGAAAGCCUGGCAAGGCGCAAGCCGUCUGACCCAAUCGGCUACCGUUCAAUCUACCCAGCCCACCGGCCCGCCACCAUCGGGGCCGCCACGUGCACCAGGUGCCUCUCUCCCGGCUAA